UGGCCGAAAACCUAUAUUCAACCGUGUCUUUACUGUUAAUUGUCUUAGUCAGUCCCUGUCUGGCGAUCUAUACUAUUUCAGACUACAGAUUGAUCACCAAAGAUCGACCCAAUGCCGGCAUCGUUGAGGUUUUCCGCCAUGACAUCGGAUGGGCGCCCGUUUGUGAUAAAGAUUGGAACUUCGAACUAGCAAGCAUAGUUUGUGAUCAGCUAAACUUCCCAGGAACUUCUCUACAUCUAAAGACAGCGGCUUUCAACGACGAUGGUGAUGAGUGGCCGAAGUCAGUCACUAAUAAUACAUCAACAUAUUUUACAGACUGUUCAGUUGCUGAGACAAACAUGGAAUGUGGUACGUCUAUCGGGUCUUACUGUGAUUUCGAUUAUCAUAUCGGAGCUGUUUCUUGCAAAGAACCAGGAUAUCUUGGAUGUUUCAGUGAUUAUAACAAUCAUUUUUGGCCCGGCAGAGAUCGUGUGUUUUCCAAUGAUUCCCGUUACUAUGAAUAUCUCACGAUUGACAUGUGCAUCAACGCAUGCGAGGGGGACGGAUCCUUCUACGCAGGUGUAGAAUUCGGGUACGAAUGUUUCUGCGGAGGACAAGAUGAAAACCUUGUCAAAUAUGGAAACGCUUCGGAUGGGGAAUGUGAUAACAUUUGUACGGGAGAUCGCCUUGAAUCAUGUGGGGGCUCAGAUUUUAUCGGCAUCUACCAAGUUGGCCUAGGUGUCUGCGAAGACCCUGGUACCCCUCAAAAUGGAUUCAGGUACAAGGAAACCGGCUCUCUGCGCUACGGCAGCAAGAUAUAUUUUAACUGCUCCGACGAGUUCACACUAGAAGGACCUGACGUCAUCCAGUGCGUGCAGAUGUACGGUCGCAGAGAAGAUGUUAGUAUUGCUCACAGCACCCAUGCCGUUAUGUGGAACCAAAGUCUUCCAAAAUGUACAGGCAAGAUUCAGUUCGACUACACCCUCUUCUGCGACUACCACGGGCGGAGGGCAAGCUAUAAACCAAUUACCAUUCAGUGGGACAACUGA